GGUUCUCCGCAGAAGCGCAAGGAUCCGUCCUCGGAAGGGAAGGCGGCCGACGUGGUCAUGGUGGACAAGACGGGGCCCAUCAGCGCGUGCUUAUGGGGUGACAUCGCUGAAGAUAUCUGCAGCAUCUGGCGCGCUGUGCGGGAGCGUCGCCAGCGGGGCGAGGUUGCUCCGUGCGUCGUGGACCUGUCUAAGGUUCGCAUCCAGGGGGCAGGGAAGAACAAUUGGAACGGGGAGUUGCUGACGCGAAUUCGUUCGUUAACGUCGAUCGAAGCCGUCGGCGGGGAGAUGGGCACGACGGUGCAGGUAAGGUUUAUGGAUCUGCAGUCGUUGGAGAUGUCGCAAGGGGGGAACGCGAAGCGGGUAUUCGAUAUAGUGGACAACGGUGGCCUCUAUUUCACUUGCUGCGCCAUGAAGCACAAUGUGGAGUCCCAGGCGCUGCGGAACUUCCAGGACGUCGUGGUCUAUUACGGGACAGGCCGCGGGGCUAUUGGGAAUUCGAAGGGCAUGCUUUAUCUUUUGAAGGAUGCAAUCAUAAUCCCCAUCGACCAGCCUGCUGUCCUGGGCACUGCGAAAACCGAGCAGCUUACUGUCCAGUGA